UCUCUCCCACUAAUCACACUGACAACAAAUCCCCUCGGCCGUCCCCCUAAUCACCCUGCCAGCUAAUACAUGCCCACACACCGAAAUUUAAGAAUUUCUGCAUCUCAUUCUAUUCUCAGAUGCCUUUUUUCCUCUUGAAAAAAUAAAAAUAAAAUACACACAUCAGUUGUUCUUCCUCAAAUGCAUUACGCCAUUACUAAUUUAUCAUCAUUGUAAAGUUCAACAUCUUUGAUCGCAGAAAAUCGCCAUUGAAACAAACAAUUUGAAUGUCGAGUAGUUACAAUAGCCCGUCUCGGAGCCCUGGAAGAGGCACCGCCGCAUCAACGAUGACGACGGCGGCAGCAACAGCGGCGAGGUUGCAGCUUGGGGCGGUGUCGAGGCUGAGAUCUUCGUCUUUGAAGAAACCGCCUGAGCCUCUUCGACGCGCUGUUGCUGAUUCUCUCUCCUCUUCUUCUUCUUCGUCUUCUUUUUCUUCAAUUUCUGCUCUUUCGUCGCAUCACCCUUCUAGUAGCCCCUCCAUUCAUGCUUCCGAAGCUUCCAGAACUCUUCGGGAUUAUUUGGCAGCUCCAUCGACGACUGACCUUGCCUAUUGUAUUAUAUUAGAACAUACUCUUGCAGAGAGGGACCGCAGCCCUGCGGUUGUUGCAAGGUGUGUGGCACUCUUAAAACGUCAUCUCUUAAGAUAUAAGCCUAGUGAAGAGACGUUGCUGCAGAUUGACAAGUUUUGUGUACAGAUAAUUUCUGAAUGUGAUAUUGGUUUGAGUCGGAAAUUGUUGCCAUGGUCACACUCGUUAAACCAGCAAUCUAGUGCUGCAAAGGCUCCUGUCAAUGGUGCGCCUUUGCCUGUUUCUAGCUUUGCUUCUGCCUCGCUUAAGAAGUCAUUAAAUUAUGUCCGUUCCUUGGUGGCACAACACAUUCCAAGACGGUCAUUUCAACCAGCAGCUUUUGCUGGAGCCCCUUCUGCACCAAGGCAGAUCCUUCCUUCACUGUCAUCUUUACUGAGUAGAUCUUUCAAUUCUCAAUUAAGUCCUGUUAGUGAUGGAGAAUCACCAGGAAGGAUUGACACUACUUUAUCUGUGCCUAGCCAAAGAAAAAUCGAAAGUUUUGAUGGAGUUGAAGAUCUAGAAUAUAUUACUGCUGAUGUUCUUAAAUGGCGUUGGCGAAGUGAUCAAGACUCUGCUGCUAAGUUAAUUGUUGGUGAUAAAUAUUUCAACAGCCAAGACUUGACGAGAUCUAAUUUGCUUGACGUUGGUGCAGCUUCCCUUCUUGUUGCUGACUUGGAUACCAAAAAAGGCCAACCGUGGAGGCACUUUGGUACUGCUGACAUGCCUUAUCUUGAUCAACUGUUGCAGCCUUCCUCGAUGUCAUCAGUCACCAACAGUGCCUCUGCUCGUCAGCACUUGAGAAUUAUAACAGCAUCUAAAAGGACCAAAUCUGGUUCUCAACAGAUAUGGCAAGAUUGUUCGGUGAGCACAUUUCGGCCACGGGCAAGGCCAUUGUUUCAAUAUCGUCAUUACAGUGAACAACAACCUCUUAAACUGAAUCCUACUGAAGUAGGCGAGGUCAUAUCAGCUGUUUGCUCGGAGACAUCCAUGCCAAUCGCUAAUCUAAUGACAAUUUCAACUGGAUUGAGUAACCAUCGCACAAAGCCAUCCAUUGAUGUGGCCGUUAGCGUCCUUAUUAAACUUGUUAUUGACAUGUAUAUUUUGGAUCCUGAAUCUGCUUCUCCUCUCACACUCUGUAUGCUCGAGGAUAUGAUUUGUUCUCCCAGAUUGUCUUCUAGGACCCGUGCCUUUGACUUGAUAUUAAAUCUUGCUGUUCAUGCUCACCUAUUGGAGCCUGUUGUACCGAAUGAUGUUUCAACCAUCGAUGAAGAUUAUCCUCAAGAAUCAAUCUUGGACAAUGAGGCCCAAGUGGGGAUUCAAAGAAAGGGAACAGAUUCUGAUAAAAACACUGGAGAUUCCUCAGCAAUUGAUGAUUUUGAAUCCUGGAUUUUAAGCAUUCUCUGUGAGAUUCUUUUGCUUCUUGUUCAGAUAGAAGAGAAACAAGAAUCUGUGUGGGCAUCUGCUUUAAGUUGUUUGCUUUAUUUUGUCUGUGACGGAGGCAGGAUACGAAGGAGCCGACUGAAAGGCCUCGAUAUAAGGGUUGUAAAGGCAUUGAUAGAAGUCAGUAGAAUGAGUUCAUGGGCGGAAAUUGUCCAUUCAAAGCUCAUAUCAAUAUUAACAAGGAUGUUUUAUGAUCUUCCUGAUGAACCGGGCACAAUUACUACAAGUACCCCUAUAUUUCUUGCAGAACAAGUUGAUAUGAUUGGGGGGAUUGAUUUUAUCUUCUUGGAGUAUUCACUUGCUAGAACAAGGGAGGAAAAGAGAAAUCUGUAUUCAUUGCUUUUUGACUAUGUUUUGCAUCACAUUAAUGAAGCAAAUAUUGCUACUGGAGUCCCUGAGUAUGUACCUGAUGAGAUUCAACCCCUUGCAUCAUUGCUGUCACUUGCCAAUGCUCCUGAAGCCUUCCAUAUUUCUGUUAAUCUAGGGGUGGACAGAAUUGGUGAACUCUUGAGAAGAUCAGUGUCCUCUGCAUUGUCCAGAUUCGCAGACAGUGAACAACUGAACAUCAUACUCGAGAAGGUGAUGAGUGAGUUUGAUUCAAUUGUAAGCUCGUUUACUCACCUACAAAAAGAGUUUGCCAAUAUGAGACAGCACACCAAAUCAUAUAAACUUAUGAAAAGCAUUGAGGAUGAGGUUAUAGGAAGGAAUGUUAGCAAGGACGCAAAAUUAUCAUGGGCCACAUUGCACUCUCUUCUACAUUCUGAUAGAAUAGCUUGCCGUCAGAAUGGAUACAUUUGGUUAGGUGAUCUGCUUGUAUCUGAAAUUAGUGAGGGGAACGAUGGAAAUUUAUUUUUGAGCAUCAGCAGCUUGCAGCAGAAAAUUUCCUUAGUUGACCUGAAAGAUUCUUCAGCUUUCUCCGAAAUUCCAAUGUCUAUCUGGCUUAUGUGUGGCCUGCUGAAGUCAAAGGACAGCACAAUCAGAGCAGGAUUCCUGUUUGUUAUGGAAGUACUUCUCAUGCGAUGCAAGUGUCUUUUGGAUGAGAAUGAUCUCGAGGAUUCUGCCAGAAUCGGAGGAGAUAGUCUUCCUGAUCGCUGCCUUCGAAAGGCAAAUUCAGUGAUAGACAUCAUGAGUAGUUGCUUGUCUCUAGUGGCUCAAAUAAAUGAGACAGAUCACUUCAACAUUUUGAAGAUGUGUGACAUUGUGUUCUCCCAGCUAUGCCUGAAAGUCCCUUCAGCAUCUGCAGAUGCAGGCCACCUUAGAAGAGUUUCUAGUACCUUGGAUAUAAACAAUAAGUCCAAUUUCGGCGAAUGUGUCCCCCUGCAGGAGACUAUUCAACCUAGAGGACUUGAGGAUGUUGAUAACUCCAGUAGUUCAUUAGUUUGUGAGACAUCAUCAAUGGCUGCUUUGCUUCUUCAAGGAAGUGUUGUUGUUCCAUUGCAGUUGGUUGCACGAGUUCCAGCUGUUUUAUUUUAUUGGCCCCUGAUUCAACUUGCUGGUGCAGCCACAGAUAACGUUGCUCUGGGAGUUUCUGUUGGCAGCAAGGGAAGAGGAAACCUCCCAGGUGCAACAUCAGAUAUCCGCGCUGCUCUUCUUUUACUUCUUAUUGCAAAAUGCACAGCUGAUUCUGAUGCUUUUCAAGAGGUUGACGGGGAAGAUUUUUUCAGACAACUUUUGGAUGAUACUGAUUCAAGGGUGGCUUAUUACUCUUCUGCAUUCCUUUUGAAGAGGAUGAUGACGGCAGAUUUCGAUAAUUACCAACGUAGACUUCAGCAACUUGUUUUCAGGGCUCAGCAGAGCAACAAUGAAAAGCUGUUGGAGAAUCCAUAUCUUCAGAUGCGUGGGAUACUUCAGUUAGCAAAUGAUUUUGGAAGUGGGUUGUAAUGAACUUAGAGAUUUUGAGAUGUUGCUUUUCGCUUAAUGCUCUUGGUCUUCUCUGCUGCAGCUGAGUAAAACAGAUAAAGUGGCUUACAUGUGAGGUUCCUCUGGCUGGUGUCCGCAAUUGUUAAGUCUGUAGGAACAAUAUCAUGUCUUUGUUUUAACAUUGAACAUUAGCUGUUUGUGCUAUGAUAACCUACUUUGGCUCCCACAUCUCCGGUGAGAGGUAUCAAAGAAGGUUAUGGACCUGUAUACACGCUUCAGUAACUUAUGGAAGCUCAAGUUUGGGGUGAAGUUCAGGAUGAAGGAUAAAAUUAUUGCUUGAUAUUGCGAGCUGAAUUGCUGUGAAAUUAUCAGAGUAGUUCACACCAAUUUCUGUUCCUUAUUGCUUUGGGUUGCUCCAGUCACAGAAGACUUCGUCUGCACAGAUCUUGAUUCGAUGCUUGGUUUAUUUUUGGAGAGUCAUUGCCUGAGUUCACCCCUAUUGUGUCCAAAUUGUACAUCUGAAAGAAGAGGAUCUUGGAAAAAGAGAUCCACCCUUUAAUUCUAGAAUUCCUUAUGGCGAUUUUUAUUAGCCUUCUUAACCUGGUGAAGCCUCGCUGGCGAUAUUAAUAAAACCUAAGUGGAACUUGGACAGCUUGUAACGAUGACUUCUUGUAGCAUAAUGAUGAGCUUUGAAGCUAGAGAUAGAUGGGAAGGGUGCACAUCUCCACUUUUAAGGGGUUGCUGCACUAGAGAGAAAAAAAGGCGUCAAUUUGAUACGCCUACACCUAUUUUCUUUAAUGCCCAUUUAUUUGUUGAUUUGACUUGCGCUGUAAAUCUGUAGUUAUGCCUUUCUACAAUUUUUCUCAGAUUUAGUUUCUGUAAUAGGUUGUUCAGUUAGUUAUGUAUACAUUUUUUUCUCAUUUGUAUCAUAUCCAAAUUUUGAGAUGUAUUGAGAAUUAUUUACCGUGUUGAAAAUUUUGACAACUACUUGUAAUUGUAUAGUUACAUGAGUUAACCGAAGACGAUCUACUUGUAAUCAGGUUAUGGAAUACACGGAGUAAGCAACCUUUUUCCGA